AUACUGUGAAUUGUGUCGCUUUUCCUAAACAGGUGCGAAGAUGAGAAAGAAAAUCAAAGAGACAAUAGCAUUAAUUCUCACAGGUGUUGUGUGUCUCUUCAUUUUUAUGAACAAAAACGACACUGAAGACGACACGAUGUCAAAUAGCAUAGACACAUAUAAGAUGCUCCGUCAACAAAUCCAUUUGCCCAGAUCCGACAUUUUCCAGUUGUCUUCACCUUGUCAGCAGAAUAUGUCGGCUUAUAAUGUGACUGGAUUUUCUACUCUGCCGGGUCAUAUCCAAGAUUUUUUGCUUUACAGACACUGUAGGAAUUUUCCCAUGCUGCUCGACCUGCCUAAUAAGUGUGGUGGACCCCUGAACUCAGAUGUCUUCCUUCUGCUGGUCAUCAAGAGUUCUCCAGAAAACUACGAGCGGAGAGAAGUCCUGCGGAAAACAUGGGCUGAGGAACGACUGCACAAAGGUGUGUGGAUCCGUAGAGUCUUCAUAAUCGGGACAACUAAAACUGGCUUUGAGAAGCGCAGGUUGAAUAAGCUAUUGAAGCUGGAGAACAAUGAGAACAAGGACAUUUUACAGUGGGACUUCAAAGAUUCAUUCUUUAACCUCACACUGAAGCAGGUCCUUUUCUUAGAGUGGAUGGACAGAUGGUGCCCACAGGCUAGAUUUCUCUUUAACGGGGACGAUGACGUCUUUGCCAAUACGUUUAACAUGAUUGAGUAUCUUCAAGGUCAAGAGGACAAUGAUGGAAGUAAACAUCUCUUUACCGGGCAGCUCAUGAGUGGAGGGCCUGUAAGAGACUCUUCAAGUAAAUACUUUGUCCCGGUGCAGGUUCAGGAGUCCAAGAGGUAUCCUCCUUACUGUAGUGGAGGAGGCUUUGUUCUCUCAGGAUUCACGGCCAGAACAAUCUACAAAAUGUCUCACUCUAUAAUUUUACUGCCCAUUGAUGAUGUUUACAUGGGCAUGUGUUUGGAAAAGGCUGGCCUUAAACCUACAUCCCACUUUGGUGUAAGAUGCACUGGUCUGCAUGUCCCUGCUGGGAACGUUGAUAAAUUUAACCCUUGCUUUUACAGAGAAAUCAUUUUAGUCCACAGAUUUCUCCCACACAUGAUUUUUGUGAUGUGGAAUGAAAUCCAAAACCCACAUUUGCAAUGUGGAAAGACAAAUUACUCUCUUCAGGGAAGCCCAUUAACAAAAGAGCGGGGUGUUUGAUUCAAUUAAAAAGGGAAACAUAAUAGCUUGCUGGAAUUGAUGUACAAGUUUGUUUUUAAUGAAUUAACUUUUUAUCUACAGCAUGUUUUACCAUGUCACUUAUCAAGAAAAUGAUUUGGUGUAUUUUAGCUAUUGCACUUUAACGGAAAUAAAAAUGGUGGUUGAUUGAUUCCUUUCUCAGCAGAAGACGUUGAAGUCUUUGUAGUCUUUCUGUCUGGACUAAAAAGAGUAUUUUACAUUGGAUUACUUUAUUCAGUUUCU